GUUCAUCACUGUAAAGCUAAGGCCUGGAAGGACUGUCAUCUUUGAAGGAAUAACUUGGACUCCAACCAACUAUGGCCAGAGACAUCAUUCCUUUGAGCUUCAUGCCUUUGUCUGUGAGGCUCCAACGAUGGGUUAGAGCCUCUCUGGGCUUCUUCCCCCUACAUUCUCUAAUGCUCUUCUGCUUCCUGACAGGCACAGCAGCCACAAACACUGUUACUGGUAUAGAGUAUGACUAUGGCAUUAGCCCCAAAUUUGUUUGCAUCCCAAUUCCCCCAGACGCAGACCCCAGCUGCUAUUCCCCACCCAAUGUGGCCCACAGACCCAGCAGCAAUGGCAACAGCCACAAUGGCAGCAACCGGCGAGGCGUGAUGUCCGACGAGGCCAAAGCCACCAUUCUGCACCUGCGCGAGAGCCUUGUGAGGCAGAAGGAGACCAUCCUAGACCAACGGGAGACCAUCAGGGAGCUGACCACCAAGCUCACCUUGUGCAAGGGCUUUGGUGGUCACCAUAGCAUCAGUCACCAUGACAACCGCCACAAUGCACAUGAUACCCAUCACAAGAACCAUCAUGACACCCACCAUGAUGACCACCAUGGGCAUCAUGGCAGCCACCAUGCAUCAUCGUCCUUACACCACGGGCCUUCAGUGUAUCGUACCAGAGAUCACCACUACUCCCACAGCAACCACAGGUCGGACCCCCACCACAGGAAGACCUCAUCAUAUAGCAAACACAGCUCCAUCUCUCCAGAACAGACAGGAAAAACCCUGCAGACGCUGAAGGAGCGGAUGGAGAGUUUACAGGCCAGGAACUCCUCCAGCUUCUACUCCAGCUCUCUAAGAGAGCUCCUGCAGCGCAAGAUCAGUGUUUUGGAGGAGCAGCUGCACAGCUACUACCAAGGUCACCAUGACAACGGUCACCAUGAUGAUCACCACAACAGUAGCCCCUACAGUGAUCACCUUGAUGGCCAUCAUAGCAAUGGCCACCAUGGUACAGGUCACCAUGACAACCACCACGACAGCCACCAGUACAGCCAUCACAGCAAUCAUCAUGCUCGCGAUUAUGACCACCGCUACAACUGGCACUGUGGCCAGCAUCACAGUCGCUACGGCAACCACCAUGAUCAUUAUGACUAUCACGAUCACCGCCGUGACGACCAUGAUGAUUGCUAUGACAACCACCAUGGCAAUGAUCAUCAUGACAACCAGCACAACAACGACCAUCACCUGCGCCAACUGCCUCUCAGUGGCAAAGAGAUGAGUCUGCAGGGCGCCGGGCACAGCAAGCUGGAAACAGUGCUCAGCCAGUUGCACCAUGGAAGCCACAAGGAGCUAGAGAGUCCCAUCACUUUCCUGCUUGACUUCCCAAUGAGGACCAACUACAUGUACGCCAGGGUGAAGCCGUCGGUGGUCAGUGAGCUCUUCACCUUCACCAUCUGUCUGUGGCUGAAGGCAAGGGCGGGUCCCGGCUUCGGCACUCCUUUUUCCUACGCCGUCCCAGGGCAGGCCAAUGAGCUGGUGCUCAUCCAAUGGGGCAGCAACCCUGUGGAGCUGCUAAUCAAUGACAAGGCGGUGACGCUACCCAUAACUAUGACUGAUGGGAAGUGGCAUCACGUGUGUGUGACGUGGUCGACACACGACGGAAUCUGGGAGGCCUACCAAGACGGAGUGGAGAAGGGCUCGGGACAAAACCUGUCGGCCUGGCACCACAUCCGACCCGGAGGGACCCUGAUCCUGGGCCAGGAGCAGGACACGAUGGGAGGCCACUUUGACGUCACUCAGUCCUUCAUGGGGGAGCUGUCUGAUGUCCAGUUCUGGUCCAGAGUCCUGGCGCCCAAAGAGAUCCACAGCCAGGCGACCUGCAGAGGCCACCUGGUUGGUGAUGUCAUGUCCUGGUCGGAGGAAUCAGUGGAGCUCCACGGCGGGCUCAGGGAGCUCCCUUUUGACCCCUGCCACUAAACUCUGCCAGUGGACCCCCACUGUAUGAUCAUCAUAACCGAUUACAAGCCCCUGUUGAAAAUGGCUGGUGUGAAGAGAAAUGUGACAUUGUCAUGGAUCAAGGAAUCAUCCUGGAAUAAUUAUUUGCAGAACUUUAAUAAGACAAGCUCAGCCAUGGGCAACAGGCAA